AUGAGGCUGCUGAAAUUUUUGCUACGUUAUUUCCCACCUGGUAUUGCCUUAGAAUACAUGCAAGGUGGACAUGUCAAGACGAAGAUCAUAGACCUCUUGGAUUUAUCAGCACAAACAGACAUAAGAGAUUUAGCAGAAACCAUCAGAGCAUCGGAGCCAGUUAUCACCGAUCGAGUGAUGGAUCAGUUGGUCGAGUCUUUGCAAAAACUACAAAAAAAAGUUUGUGAUACGAGUAUGAAGCGUUACUACAAAUACAAAACAUUGAAGACUCAACUUUGCCCUCUUACUAAUGUGGCUUUCGAUAAAUUAGGUACAAGAUGCCUGACGGGCAGCUAUGACCGAACUUGUAAAGUUUGGGACAUUGACAGUGGAAAGGAGCUUCUUACUCUCGAAGGCCACAAAAGCGUAGUGUAUUCCGUGACUUUCAACAACCCGACUUCAGACAAAAUUUUAACUGGGUCCUUUGACAAAACUGCCAGCGUUUGGUGUUCACAAACUGGACACUGUCUAGUAAAUUUUGAGGGACACGAUGCAGAAGUCGUCGUUGCUAAAUUUUCACCGACUCAGAAUAAGGUUGCUACAGGAUCAAUAGACGCAACCGCUAAGAUUUUUUAUUUAAAUUCUGGAGAUGAGGUGGGGACAUUGGAGGGACACGCUGGAGAAAUAAUCACGUUGCAUUACAAUAACGAUGGCAAUGAAAUUAUAACUGGGUCACUGGACGGUAUCAUCAGUGUUUGGGACUCAAGGACACUUCAGAGGACAAGUGUUUUGAUUGGACAUCGAGGGGGAAUUUCGAAUUGUUCAUACAAUUUCGAUUGCUCAUUAAUAGCCUCUUCUUCAUUAGACAAUACUGCCAAGGUGUGGGACAGUCGAAUGAACUCUUGUCUGAGUACCCUUUUGGGUCACGAUGAUGAAGUUUUGGAUUUGGCUUUUGAUAAUAAGGGCCAAAAAUUAGCAACAGUUAGCAGCGAUACCACAGCCAGAAUAUGGGAUGUUAGUGGUAGUUUCCAACAACUGAACCUUCUUGAGGGCCACAAUGAGGAAAUUUCGAAAGUUUGUUUUAGCCCAAAUGGUAAUCAAGUUUUGACUUCUUCUUUGGACAAAACUGCUCGUCUCUGGUCGCUGGAGUCUGGAAAUUGCAUUCAAACACUGGAUGGACACACGGAUGAUGUUUUCAGUUGUGCUUUUUCAUACUCUGGUGACACCAUUGUCACAGCGAGCAAAGACAGUACUUGCAUAAUUUGGAGGUGACUUGAUUGGUUUCGAGUUGGAGCCUAGCUUUUAAUCCUAGCCCUCUUUAUCACCUAUGUUGCUUAUUUUUACAUCCUGUGAACCAAAAAAUCUAGGAUAUAAAAAAUUAAAAUACGCUGCAGGUCCCAUAGAUCCCAGUCCGAUU